GAUGGGAGAGGAUGGAGUUUGGGGGGAGGGAUAUAACAGAGGUUGACACCGGGAAGGAGAACGAGUGGGGGGCGCGGACAGGUAUAAAACGAAAAGUCGCAGGUCGAAUAUCUCACCUGUGGCUCGCUGUCUUCUUUCUCCCUCUUCCGUAGUCGUAGACAGCGCUGUGUGGGGCUCACCGUUCCAACUGCGACCUGCAGGCUGCGAGUCUGGCAGCAACAAGUGGUUGUUGGAUUAAGUUCUUCGUCGGACUAAGACUGUUGUAACGUCUACGGGGCUCCUGUCGCCAAAAGCCAGCUGUGUCACCCUUCACACCGCUGUCGCUACCUGCUGUAACAGCGGGCAGUCGUCGCUCGGUUGACGUUGUUGGGGGGGAAACCGCAAGCUGUCGUUUUGAAGUCUUGUGGCACUGACUGGUCAGGAGGGCGGGUGUGUCUGGCCGGCUGCUCUGUCACUCACAGGAAGACACUUCGUCAAGAACAGGCGUCACCAAACCUGACUUCGACAAGAUCUAGAAUAAGCGAGUAAAUGAAUUACUUUCCUGCGGGGACUCAUUGAACUUUUUGAAAUCCGCGGCCACAACAGAGAAGAAAAAGCAAUGGUCAAGCUGUCUGCUGUGCAUUAGUAAGUUAAAACAAUUUUUUCUGAGACUCAAUUUUUGCCGAGAGCAGCACUGUUAAGGAUGGACGUAGCGGUAGACAUACGUCACGUCGAGGAGACGUUUCACGAGCCACACCUGACGUCAUUGACGUCAGCUAGCCCAACCGACGCGUCAGUCAUGGACGUCAGCUCGUAUCCGUCAUCCGUCGCUGUCAACACCUACCCCUCCGACUCCCUCCAUCACCAUCAUCACGGCCACUACUACCCGGAGUUUGAAUGGUCGCAAACGUCGGCUGCCGCCGCGGCAGCUGCUGCCGCAGCCUCGGACCCUAGCCACGCGUACUACAGCUUUGCCGCAGCGGAGCGGCCGGAGGUGACCGGCGUCCAGCUGUACCACGCCUUCUCUGGCGUCCCCUCGGCCGACCUGUACUCCAACCCCUCCUCCCUGUGGCACGGCAGCGGGGGCCUGGCAGACGACACCGCUGCCGUCAGUGCCCUUCCGGUGCAACGCUUCCUGCCGGCGGGGGCCAUGCCGCGAACUGCUACAUCCGCCGCAUCCACAUCCGCCUCCAAUGCCGCCAACGUCAAGCCCAAGCGGAAGCGCGUGCAGUCGCACGCCCAGCGCCGAGCGGCAAACAUCCGCGAGCGGCGUCGCAUGUUCCAUCUGAACACCGCCUUCGAUGAACUUCGCAAGCGUCUGCCGGCCUUCAACUACGAGAAACGUCUCUCCCGCAUCGAGACCCUGCGCCUCGCCAUGACCUACAUCGCCUUCAUGAAGGAUGUGAUGAUGGGCGAGGACCCCCGUAAGGUCAAGCUCCGGGCCAACGGCACAGCCAGCGACGGCGGCUCCGACUUGUCCGGCAUGGACCUGGAAUCCUGCGCCAGCGACGACGCGCACGCAGAUGACGACGACGACGAUAACUGAUGUCAUUGGCAACAUCUGCCAGUUCUCUGGCAUCUGCUGACAGACUAAGUCUUUAUAGUGUUUGUGUGCGCAUGCGCGCGUGCACUUUAAAGUCUCGACCGUGCAUCACGUCAAUGCAACGUUAAGGUACGUGCAGAUGAUGACACAACCUUUGCCUUUGAGUCUUCGGACGGUUCUUGAUGUACUCACGAUUUUAUGUCUGGACUGUCGUGAAGGGAGAGGGUGUGGCUCACAGUGUCAAGCCGUCACGGUUCUCACACAAAACGUGUUUUCCCGUGUCGACUGCAUUUACUUUUUCUACCAGGGAUUCUAUUUUUAGAACGAUAAUGCAAUACAACAAGUGUUCUUUGUUUGUAUAUAUAUAUAAGUGAUCCUAUUUUUAGGACAACAACAAAUCGACCAGUCUUCCGUAUUAUCUGUACGAUAAGUGAUGAACUGAUGAACUAACUGAUAAACAAUGACCACAGCAUCAGCUUCAGUCUUCCAUGUCGUCUGUCCCAGUGUGUUGCCUGAUGUCCGAGUGUCUGACAUUCUCAGAUGAUGACUCGCACCAAACGAGAGAGAAAAAUGAAAACUGUGUAUGUGUGUGAUGGAAGUAAAAAUCCUUGUAAAAAUUGAUGAUGAUGACGAUGAUGAUGAUGAUUGAUGAUGAUGAUGUUGAUGUUGAUGAUGAAUGUCUCCGGUAGUUUGAUCUCAUUAACCCCAGGACGAAAUUUUCUGUUUCUGUUUUACUGAUGUUUACAGGUUCUAAACAGCUUUCACAUCGCCGUGACAUACAAGUAACAACAAAUGUUUCAUGAUGGCGAGACAUUGGCUUAGUCUCUUCUUGCCCACUUCCUGUAGUUGAUUGUUUUAACACAUUGAGAACUCUUACUGUUUGUUUACAAUUAUUUCCUACUGUGUUCAUACUGUUUACAUAUAAUGCUGCUGAGUUUUGGUUCGGUUUGUUUGUUUAUUUAUUUGUUGUCUACUCAGUACUGCUGAAAAACAUUCUCGGGGAAUUUCUCCAAGUCUCCACACAUUGUAUUAAUUGUUAACUGAUCUUAUGCAUCGUCUUUGAUGAUGUGGUCGGGGAAAGUGCAAUAGAUGCAGGCCACUGCUGGACGGCUGAGUGGAUGCACGCUUUGUAUCUCUCUCACCCUGUGAAUGAUUCCGCCGCCUGAACGAAUAGAGACAGAAAGUUGUGUUUGUAGUUGUACACAUCAUGUCCUGCAUUUGAAACACGCACUUUUCGAGUGAUUCCCUAUAAGACUGAUUUCAUUGGUCACGUGGUUUGAAUGUGGCUUCACCUGGCUUCAUUCAUCAGUAAUGUUUAUUGUCCUUCAUUCAUUCAGUCACUCAUGUACAGUUUAUAGAAACAUUUCUCUGAUUGUACAAAUGUGUAAGUGUUUUUAUUAUUAUCGCACCAUUGGCACGGUUGUUUACGUCCUUCAUCUGUUUUUGUUGUUUUUUUUAAACUCUGUUCAACUUUUGUUUGCGUGAACAACUGGAGAGUCCUGGGUGGCGAUGUUGUUUUGUUUUGAAAGGUUCAUGUUGAUGUUGUGUGCUCCACAUGAUGGACCCUAGCCUUUCACACGGUGCGUUUGUUUGACAUUCGAUAUUUACAGUACUGUGCCUGUCACUCGGCAUUCACACUGUGCCUUCCAUACCUGUACAUUCACACUACGUUCAAACUACGUUCAAACUACGUUCUCAGAUAGAAAGGAGACGUUGGUUUGUUGUUUGCUGAAAGCUGCAGAAUUAAAAAAAUCUAUUUAUCCAA